AUGACAACGGGGACGCCACGCCACGCCGCCGCUGCCUUGGACAACAACAACAUGGCAUUUUCUCGUCAUCGUCUUCAUUCUUCCUCCCCGUGUGUCCUGGCGCAGAGUAUCACAGGGUCGCCUUCCCCAACCUUCUCCGCCCCGUUCCGGUUCGAUUCCUUUGACCAUGAGGUGGGUGUGACAGCCGGCAAGGGCGGGGAGAGUGUGCUUUCCCCCCCGGCUAUACAAAGCCCCACGCCCACCAUCACAGCCCCCCACAAAGGUGGAGGAGGUCCCGGGGAGCGUGAAAAAAUGGUACAGGAAGUCACAAAGCUCUACAGGGAACGAAACCGCCUGGCCAGAAUUCACCGCAAAGCCGAACUUCGCGUCUUGACAAGCUUGCGGCGGCGAAGACAGAGUGGCGAUGAAGGCAGCGAGGAGAUGGACGAAGAAGACGAGGAGGCAGCAGAGGUGGGCCAAGUGGACUGGACAAGUCAAGCAGCGCAAGCACGCGAGGCCCUAGUGGAGGCCGACGGGGCAGCGCAGGCUCAGGAGCUACACUACAGGCUGCUGCUGGAGGAGGCUCGGGACAACACUGCCGCCACCGCCAAGCAGGUUUCAGCGAGCACGGAAAAAUUCAUCGAUGAGCAAAGACAAAUGGUGAAGCGAAGUUUUACCUCGCUACCUCCAGCAAGAGACAGACAGAAGGUCGUCGAGAGCCUCCUGGAUCGCCAGCUACAGGCGCAACAACGUGUCAAGCAGGCCAGAACCUCAUAUUAUAGCCUCUUCUUAAGGAAACAGCAAGAAGAAAAGGAAUUACGGGAGAGCCAGGAAGAUUUUGACGACCAGGUCUGCGUCUCAGACAUGCUGCAGCUGGUGGUGGAGACGGAGGCCUUCACGGAGGAGAGCAGCAUGCAGGCGAGUAAUUUUAAGAUUAUUUUAUUCUCAGAGUCUGACAUCUUUGUUAGGUCCCUAAAAUAACGCAACAUACAGUAUGGGAAGUUGAAGCAAUCCUCCUCAACGUUUUUUUUUUUUUUUUUCUUCUUCUAUUUUAGCCUAUAUUGUAGAAGAUUCUUUUUUUUUUUUUUCAGGAGAACAGCAUCUUCACCCAUCAGACUUCGUUGAAACAAACUGCUGAGAAAAUAGCUAAGCUUAAUCAGCAAAAAAAGGACCUUGAUGAUGAGAUCUCCAAACUGGAAGAAACAGUGAAUCUCUUUGGCACACAGCUGACUCUGGUAAGUUGUAGUACUGAUCGAGCAAGUACAAUAUAUGCAACCUUGCAGAUACAGAACUGCAGUGAAGAAGAUUAUACCGUAACAGAAGUUUAUACCUAGAUUAUUUGUGUGAUAUAAAAAAGGAAGCAAGAAAACAGGAAAAAUAGACCAUGUUGGAUGCGUUUUUCGUUGUAAGGCAUUUUACUCAUGAUGAUUUAUACCACAUGGGAAACACACUUCAGUAAGAUAGAAAUAAAAGCUCUGUGACUCAGUCUACCAAUAUUCUAAAACUUAACACACUAGACUAGGUAAAUAGAGCUCUUUAUCGCUAGAGCCAUGCAUAUAAACUUUAAAUGAUCAAGCAUGAAGAUGAAUGUAGUUACUCUAGUACACAAAUCACUUUCAUUAUCACUUGGUUAUUUAUAUACAUUUCAUAAACAUUUAUAGACACAUAACUUGGUCCUUAUAAUCAAAGACAUUUCAUUUAUUUGUUUGCAGGAGAGAGAAAAACUAAAGGAGCUGUCCCAAAAGCAAGCCAAGACACAAAUGCUUCAAAGACAUCUUCAACCUUCCUCUCGCCUCCUCCUUGACCCAAUGCUCGCCAGAGACCUCGAGGAGAAGCUGACUCUCAAACAAAAGCUGGAACAGGAGCUUAGUCGCUUGAAACAAGUAUACGGGAGGGAAGCUGGAGACUGAAGGGAAUACUGUCAGCUCUCUCCUUUAUAACUAGGCUGAAUGUUGCUAAAAAUUUGACCAUCUUCAGAAGAGCAGAGUUAGUCCAGUGUGGUAAGCGAAGUGGUUUAGUACCUCAGUAAAGUUGGUGAUCAGUGAUUUGGACUUAUAGUGUAAUGAUGAAUUUACAACGCUAUAAGUUUAAACAUAGAUGAAUGAAAGGUUAGCCCGAUGAAUGAUGUAGAAAAAAGUAUAUUGAUGUGCGGGAGUGAAAGAGAAAUGAAAAUAUCGACGCACAUGAUAUCGCUAAAAAUGCCGUAUCGAUGAACACACUAACAAAAUAUAUAAUUAUAAAGUUUAAGAAGGAUAUUCAUACUUUAUCUCCUCUAGCAAACUAACUUCUACUCAUCCGAUUGCUGGUGUAUGUCGAUCAGUAGGUGUGUGUGUGUGUGUGUGUGUGCGUGUGUGUUUACCGUAUUGCAGGAGUUUCGGAACGAUUCGAACUUCCAACUGAAACUGAAUCGCUUGGAGUUGAAACCUGUAUUGUGUCGGGCUGUCGAUCAGUAGUACGCAAGGAGAGAAUAUAGUCCCCUUGGUAUACAUGCUACGUGAUGCUUCCUCGUUACAAGACUUAGUUAAUAGAUCGGUACACAACUUUCAUGGAUUCCGUCCGUCACUCAUCGUCUUCACUCUCAUUACUGAAUCUCAGGCUCUGAAGACAGGACAGAUCUAUAGACUGCAUGGCUUCCUCAUACGAUGGUGGGUCAUUUGUCGAGUAAUAUUCAUCGUAGGAGUAACGGCGAAUGCGUUUUUUGCCAGUGAAGGUUGGGUAUGGCUUUUGGUAGAAGGGUAGAACUGAGGGCCGAGAGACUUGACCUCCUGUUGUGUGGGGAGUGGGAGGAGGAAGGUCUGUGGCGCAUGACUCUGGUUGGCGUGUGGAAGAGGAAUCUUCAGGCUCUUCUUGCUCGCCAGGAAGCGAAGCGGGCUGAAGUUCGAAGUCGGUGAGAGGGAUAGCAGUGGCAGAGGUUCCGGGGACGCUUUCGGCUUGGUCAGCGGCCUCACUCAUU